GACACGACUAUAUAAAUCUCUUCAUUGUUGUUCAGCUCCUUCACUUCGCAUUUUAUACCUGUCUAAAUUAGGUUGUGCCACCUCCACCAUGCAAUCUCUCCACCUCUCUUCACUGCCUGCCUUUGAACAACCUUUUCUCACCAUAUCUACUAUCCUAAUCUCGGUUUUUUCGCUUCUGCUUCUGCUUCUACUUUUUUUCUUUGUACUGCAACAAUGGUGUCAUCAAGUAGACAAACGCCGCCUCCCACCGGGUUCCAUGGGAUGGCCUUACAUAGGCGAAACUCUAAAACUCUACACCGAACAUCCUAAUACCUUCUUUUUCACAAGGAGGAAAAGGUAUGGGGACAUAUUCAAGAGCCACAUAUUGGGAUGUCCUUGUGUGAUGAUUUCGAGCCCAGAAGCUGCGAAAAACGUUCUGGUGAAUCAAGCUCAUCUGUUUAAGCCUACGUAUCCACCAAGUAAAGAGAAGAUGAUAGGGCCACAAGCCAUAUUCUUUCAUCAAGGGGAUUAUCAUUUAAAACUCAAGAAGUUGAUUCAAUCUUCUUUCGCUCCCUCUGUUGUUAAAGGAUCAGUAUCAGCAAUUGAAGAAAUUGUUCUCAACUUUCUCCCCACCUGGGAAAACCAUGCCCUUAUUUGCACUUUACAAGAGAUGAAGAAGUAUGCUUUCGAAGUGGCAAUGAUAUCGGCCUUUGGGAACAACCUUGAACCAGAAAUGGAAGGAAUCAAACAUUUGUAUCAAAUCUUGGAGAAAGGUUACAAUUCAAUGCCUAUGAAUUUUCCAGGGACUCUAUUCAACAAAGCAAUGAAGGCAAGGAAGCAAUUGAACGAGGCCUUGAGGAGAUUGAUUGAGAAGAGAAGAGGAAAUAGGAAAUCACAUAAUGAUGGAGGGCUGUUGGGGUUUUUAAUGAGCGCUCAAGAGCAAAAGUUGAAUAAUUUAAGUGAUUCUCAAAUUUCUGAUAAUAUAAUUGGUGUAAUAUUUGCUGCUCAUGAUACUACUGCAACUGUUCUAACCUGGCUUCUCAAGAAUUUGAUCGAUAAUCCUCAUGUCUUACAAUCUGUCACGACGGAGCAAGAAGGAAUCCAACGCAAAUUAGUUGAAGAAAAUCGGGGGCUUACAUGGGAUGACACGAGACAAAUGAAUCUGACUAGUAGGGUUAUCCAAGAAACAUUAAGAAUAGCGAGCAUUCUGUCGUUUACGUUCAGAGAAGCAGUUGAAGAUGUCGAAUUUGAAGGUUACAUAAUCCCUAAAGGUUGGAAGGUUCUUCCUCUAUUCAGAACCAUUCAUCAUUCUGCUGAUUUCUUCCCUCAACCCGAAAAGUUCGAUCCUUCAAGAUUUGAGGUGACACCAAGACCUCACACUUACAUGCCAUUUGGUAAUGGACUGCAUUCUUGCCCCGGCAGUGAGCUUGCUAAACUUGAGAUGCUCAUUUUCCUUCACCACUUCACUACCACUUAUAGGUACUCUCGAUCUCCACUGAUACUACAAGAAUUUUCACUUUUUCCGACAAAAAUGGCCACCAAAUUUCCCAAUAUCAAAAUCAAAUCUCAAAUUCUAGUUGUGGACCGGUUGUUCCUUAGGCGUAGGAAGUGGUCCUCGGAUUCAAGAGGAAUUUGGAAGUUGAUGAAAAUUGUACACAGAUUCAGCAAUGGCAGUUUGGAGCUUGUAGUGAAUUAGACAUGUGAGGCUACCAAUGAAUCAUACGGUAGCCACAAUUAUUGAUUUUACAAUCUUUGUCUGAAUAUAAAAGUCAAAGUAAUCAAAUGAUGCACCUAAACUUUAUAAACCCUAAAAUAUUUCAUAAUUUAUAUUCGUUAAUUGGAAGAUUAAAUCCAAUGUGGUUGUCGUGACAGUUAUCUUAAAAAAUGCAUGUAUGUUGUUUAUUUCUUGAAGUUGGGUUGUAAUAUGAUGUGACGAUUUCGCUUAUUUAUAGAUUUUUUAUGUAGUAUGUAUAUUUUGUUUAAAUAACUACUAAUUGUCGAUAUUGAUAUUGUGUGUG